GCGGGCAGAGGGGAGCGGCGAUUCCCUCUCCUUCUUCCUCCCUCUCCCCCAUCACUGAAACUCAAUCCUCCCCCAGCUACUAUCUUCUCCUUCUAGUUCUUUUUGUCUUCUUCCUCAAAUCCCCAAAACCCAAUAAUCUAAAACCCUAGAUGCAUUCAUCUUCUCAAACACUACAAAUACCCAAUUCAAUUACCCCCAAAACCCCUCCCCUUCCUCCACUCCACCAUCACUAAAAUGCUCCUCCCCAUCCUCUUCUUCCUCCUCCUCCUCCCUCCCCCAUCCCAUCCUCUCCUCCCCCCAAACUCCUCCCACCCGGACCCCGAUUCCGUCGCCCUCGACCUCCUCCAUCAAAUUGCCCUCUCCCGCCGCCUAGCCCUCGCCGACCCUUCCCAAUGCCUCACCGGCAACCCCAUCGACGACUGCUUGCUCUGCUCCGCCACCGAUUGGCGAACGGACCGCUUCCACCUCGCCGACUGCUCCAUCGGCUUCGGCCGCUCUGCCCUCGGCGGCAAAAAUGGCCUCAUCUACACCGUCACCGACCCCUCCGACUCCGAUCCCGCCAACCCCCUCCCAGGCACUCUCCGUCACGCCGCCAUCCAAUCCUCCCCCCUCUGGAUCAUCUUCGCCGCCUCCAUGUCCAUCCACCUCAACGAAGAACUCCUCGUCAACAGCUUCAAAACCAUAGACGGCCGCGGCGCAAACGUCCACAUAGCCGGCGGUGCCUGCAUCACCCUCCAAUACGUCUCCAAUGUCAUCAUCCACAACCUCCACAUCCACGACUGCGUCCCGGCCGGGAACGCGAUCGUACGAUCCUCCCCCACCCACGCCGGUUUCCGCGGCCGAUCAGACGGCGACGGGAUCUCGAUCUUCGGCGGAAGGGAUAUAUGGAUCGAUCACUGCGCGCUCUCUAAUUGCGCCGAUGGGCUCAUCGAUGCAAUAAUGGGAUCGACGGCCAUCACGAUUUCGAAUAGCUAUUUCUCGAGGCAUAAUGAGGUCAUGCUUAUGGGGCAUAGAGACGAUUACUUGCCGGAUUCUGGUAUGCAGAUCACCAUUGCUUUCAAUCGAUUUGGGGAGAAGCUGGUGCAGAGGAUGCCGCGGUGCAGGCAUGGCUACUUCCAUAUUGUCAACAACGAUUACACAGAAUGGGAAAUGUACGCCAUUGGUGGGAGCGCGAAUCCCACCAUUAACAGCCAGGGGAAUCGAUACAUAGCUCCCCCCGACCCAAAUGCGAAGGAGGUGACGAAGAGAAUUGAGACCGAUGAGGAAGAGUGGAACGGGUGGAAUUGGAGGACGGAGGGAGACAUUUUAGUCAACGGUGCUUUCUUCGUGCCGUCGGGAGAGGGAUUGGCGGCGCUGUACGACAAAGCGUCAAGUGUCGAACCCAAGUCCGCCGAGUUCAUCGACGAGCUCACCCGGAACGCCGGCGUGCUCGGUGGACCCAGGGACAACGGUGGACAGAGCAGUGGCGCCUAUCCGGGAGCCAACGACGGUGGUUUCGCCGCCGGCGGUGGUGGUAUGGCGAUCGACGGCGGUGGAGGUGGCGGAGGCAGCGGAGCCUCAGGGUUUUUUGGGAUGGUGUUUGGUGGCGGAGCGCGCCCGCUACCUUCUGGUUUCCAGCUGCUUCUGCCUUUAUUUGUUAUUUUUUUCUUCUCUUCGAUGUAUCUCUAUCCAUUGUAGCUGGUACUGAAGAGGAGGGCUUAAUUUAUUCAAUAAGAAAUAAUUUAAAGAAAUAGAGAAGAUAAUAAUAUUUAGAAUUUCAUUAGAGGGAAAUUAUAGGCUAGAGCAUUUAGUGAGUGAGUCCACUGUGUAUCCGGAUGCAAUUCGUAUCAUUAUUAUAAGAAAUAUUGGUACGUAUCAGUAUAUGAGAUGAUAUAUUUUUA